AUGUUUAGAUCUCAUAGUAGGAUUCAGUCCUCUAAUUCUGUCUCUAGUUUUGCACAGUAUGACGAGAAGAGAGCUUGGAUCGCGGAGGACGAUUUUGAGCCUUCAAGACAAAGCAACUCACGCCAAAGGACUUUGGUGUACCUGCUCCUUCUCUCCGAGGCCGUUAUGGCGGCAUCUCUAUCGGCACAGAUCCCUUUACUUGUUGUCACAUCUUCGACUGCUUGUUCGGAUUACAGCUCCGCCUAUAUUCGAAGCCUCCUGGAAUGCUCCUAUGCCUUCGGCAGCACCUGCAGUAUCUUUUGGGGAUAUGCCACCGACAAAAACGGACGGAAAAUUGUAGCUAUGUUUGGUCUUACUGGAACGCUGGCCUGCUGCCUGUUUAUGGGCUUUGCUACCAAUCUCCCAGGCUGGGUCACGCUACGAUUUCUGGCUGGAUGCAUGGGCUCUGCGGUCUUUACAUCUGCUCUUGCGAUGCUUGCCGAUUUGAGCAUGCCAUCUGCUAAGGCUCUACGAACUGUGUCCCGCUUGCCCCUCAUAUCAGUUUGUGGAGGAAUUGGUCCACUUUUACAGUCAAUCGUCAGGCAGAUUAGCGAGCAUGCACCUGCUGGGAUCUGGUUGCAGUGGCCCGCUUUGAAUGGUCAAAUUGCAUGCGCUGGUUUGAUCCUUGUCAUCUUCUUGGUAGAGGCUUUCUGUUUGCGUGAGACCUUAGACUCUCGUGUUGCAAUUGGUCACAAAAGCGAGGAGGCAUCCUUGCUUGAACACAAGACUGAGGACAGCGAGGCAUUUCUGUCUGUAUCCAUCGUGGACAUUGAUGAACAGCCAGCGACGAUCUGUAUUGACGAUUUUCUGCACGCGCCAUCAUUUGUUACCCUUUUGGCUUCCUUCUCUAUUCUAUCAUUGCAUUCAUCAACAUUUGAGGUGCUGCUCCCGCAUCUCGCCGACUCGCCUGCCAAUAUGGGUGGUAUGGGUCUUCCUUGCGGUCUUCUGAACACGAUCAUCACCAUCGUGAAAUUGGUGGCUGCUAUGGGAGUAUUCUACGCUCUGCCGAAACUUUCAGCAAAGAUGUCUGUUCUGUCAACCUACCGUCAAAUCUCUGCCGUCUUCCCUGGUAUCUACGUGUUGAUUCCAUUUUGCGCAAUGCUCGCUACAGUAUCUGGAGCUCCGGCGACGUCUUGGGCUGUAUUCAGCACAGUUGCUGUGGUUGCCAAGGAGCUUUUUGUAGAGAUAGCAAUGGUGCUGGCCAUCUUGCUCGCAUUCUCUGCAGCACCAAACGCAGCGUCUGCUGGAACUGGCAUCGGUCUUCUCGGACUGUCCAACCUCUUCAAAGCGCUUGCAGUUGGCGUAAGUGGCUUGAGCUAUUAUCUCUCGGAUGCAUGUUCAGUAGUCGCUAUCAAUGCGACUUUGUGGGCGUUAUUGGCCGUAUUGACAUUCACCGGCUGGUGCAUCAACUGGAGACUGAGAGAAGCUCCCCUCGUCGGACAGGACAUUCCAGCUGAAUUAUUGAGAUGGAGCAGCGUCUUUGAUGCCGAGUCUGACUCUGAGGCUGAUGUGUAA